GUUCUGAUUCCUGAAUGAGAGAAGGAAGUGGGGCGUCAGGAAAGAGAAGGGCGCCACGAGCGUCGAGAAGGCGUACACGGUAGGCGUUUGUGGUGUCCACCGUCGCGUUUGGCGGCUCAAUCUGAUUUCUUCUUGUAUUUGAAACCUGCGCGGGUAGAGGUGCAGUCCGCACACAUAGAGGUUUCCUUUGGAGGACGGCCCCACGGUGCUGACUUCAUCCGUUGAGUGGGAGGGUCUGCUGGGGCCGACAUCAUGGCAAUGCAGGGAGGGGCCCGCCGGCUGCUGGGGCGGCUGGUCCAGGGCCUGGGGCCUGCUUCAGAACAGACGUUUGGGGGAGCUUUUGGGGCGCAGAACUUCAUCAACGGCGAACUCGGCACCGCUGGUUCCAGAAAUGCUUCGCAACUUGCUGUCAAGAACAGAAUGAAGUCUGUGAAGAACAUUCAGAAGAUCACCAAGGCCAUGAAGAUGGUGGCAGCAUCCAAGCUCCGCAGAGCGCAGGAGCAGCUGGAGAAAACCCGCAGCAUCUGGCAGCCAUUCACUGCGCUCCUUGGAGACGCCCCUGCCACUGUUGCGGAGAAGAGCCUGACCAUCACAGUCUCCAGCGACAAAGGCCUGUGCGGUGGCAUCAACUCCACGGCAGUCAAGUACACUCGGGCCUACAAAAGGUGGCUGGACCAGCAUGAUGUCACUGCGGUUGCCGAGAACCCCAAGCCCCUGGUCGACAUUGCGGUCCUGGGAGAGAAGGGCAAGGCGCAGCUCCAGCGUGACCUGUCCAAGUCGCUGGUGCUCACUGCCGUCGACUACAGCAGAGUCGGGAUCAACUUCAGUCUGGUGUGUGAGAUGAUUGACCAGAUCAUGAAGGAGAAGGAAUACGACGUCUAUCGGGUCAUCUUCAACAGAUUCGCGUCCACCAUCUCCUUCCAGCCCACCGUGGCGACCGUCCUCUCUGCAACGACCCUUCAAGACCAGCUGGAGGGCGGCGGCUCCCUGGAGGAGUACGAAUUUGAAGGGACCGAGAAUGGCGCAGCAGAGGUGCUCCAAGACCUGAGCGAGUUCCACCUUGCCUCGGUGCUGUACAACGGCCUGGUAGAGAACGCCACGAGCGAGCAGGGUGCACGCAUGUCCGCCAUGGACUCGUCCACCAGGAACGCCAGCGAGGUCCUGGAGAAGCUCACCCUCAACUACAACAGAUCUCGGCAGGCUGCCAUCACAACCGAGCUUAUUGAGAUUAUCUCAGGAGCUGCAGCUUUGGAGGCUGGCAAUGACUAGUCCAGUGAAACCGGCCAAGUACUUUUGGUGUCGAGAGAUGCCAUCUAAUCAAUUCACGAACCUUUAAGACGAUGUAAAGCGUAGCAAAUUGGUGUAACACGUCUUUCACAUGCGGCCAGGCUCACUUCACUAUGUCGCCAGCCGGUCUCUGUAUGACCAGCUUUUCGAUUUUUGAUUUCGGCAUGCACACAAAAUCUCUUUCUUAUGGAUUCAGAACUCAUUUCCAAGGGCAGACUUUGACAUCCAGAGGAGAGUGACUAUUGUCAGCUAGCAAAUUACAGCU